AUGGAUGUAGCCAACUUUGUGAGUAAUGAUUUAAUUGUUUUUUUUUUUUAAAUUUUCUAGUUAUUGUAGGGCAGUUGAAUAAGGGGGGUAAAUUUCUGAAGAAAUGUUGUUGCCCUGAUGAAGGGCUAACCCUCAAAAUGUCAGCUUUACAAACUCUUUUAGUGGUCAAUUUUCAUUAUCAGCUUAGUUGAUGAAACCAGAUUAUAUCGUAGGGCAGGUUAAGUGUAAACACAGUACAUUGUACUAGCUUUGGCAGAGAAACUGCAGGGCUGUUAAAAUUCUGGAAAACUUUUUAAAACCUCUGGGCAGAAAAAAAAAAUUUGGGCAGCUUGGGGUCUGCUCCUUAGUCUGUAAGAAACUUUGACAGUAACCAUGGUAUUGUUUGGGCAUAGAAACAAAAAAGUUCUUAAAAUUGCAGUAUGAUACACGGUAGUUGUUUCUCUUGAUUAAAAAUCUUCAAAUAAAUGGCACCAUUACAGGUGCUCAUAAAAGGACUGUGAUUGUUUUUAAAGAGGUGUGAAGGUUGUUAGUCUUAAUUUCAUAACAAUUUCCUUUUUCACAGUUGUAAAUUUUAAUUAAAGUAAAUACAUCAGACAUUUAACUAAGUGCAACUUUGAUAGCUUUUUUUUAAGGAGAAAACAGUGAGAGUUGGGAAAAAAUUUGAUUGGUUUGCCAUGCUUAGGGCCACCUUCCCUAAGUGCCACAUUUUUGUCUUCCAGGAACAAUUUCUCCAUGAGAGGAUAAAGGUUGGUGGCAAGACCAAUAAUUUUGGCAGUGAUGUGUCCAUUGAUCGUCAGAAGAACAAGAUCACUGUUGUCUCUGAAAUUCCGUUCUCCAAAAGGUAAGUUUCAUGGCACAAAUGUCCAGCAAAUGUUUCUACCAUGCAGCUUGUGUUCUUCAAAAUUCCCAUCUCCUGCAUCUUGAAAUUUGACAAGUCUUCAAAGGUUUGUCUUUCCCUUAUGAAACCCAUAUUUUGCUCAAUAUUCCUCUUUUGACCUUACCUAGGACAUUUUCAGGGUUCAAAUUGUGUAGAUGUACACGAAGCAAUCUUUUUUGGACUUCAUUUGUGCAAAAAAAUUGCACCAUCUAUUUUUGACUUGUUUUCCUUAUGUUUGUCAACUUGUACCGGAGUCAAAGAAGUUGUGAGAAUUUGUUAAAAUAUCCUGCUUGGAAAUAUUUAUUAAAAGAACAUGCACCUCAUUUUUAGCUUGAAAUGUGUUCAAACAUGUAAGCAAUCUUUAAUGUUGGUUCUAGUGAAGAAGGUAUUUAUUUCCUUGAAGGUAUUUAUCUCCUUGAAUGAAAGCAAGCUAUGAUAGAUUCAGCUUGAUGGCUAUCUUUUCAGAACACCAGGGUGGUUGUGAUAAAAUGAGUAAACUGCUCUCCAUUGUUGCAGGUAUCUAAAGUAUCUGACUAAGAAGUAUCUGAAGAAGAACAACCUACGUGACUGGCUGCGAGUUGUGUCCUCUGCACAAACUACUUAUGAGCUGAGGUACUUCCAGAUCAACAAUGAAGACGAAGAUGAGGAGGGUGAAGAUGAAUCGUAAAGAUUAGUCUUGUAACUCUACUUGAAUGUCUUAAAUAAACAGAUGUCAAAGGCUAAUGCAUUGGUGGUGGUGUUGUGUUUUCCAUUAAAUGCUAUUAUUGUUCAGUGCAGCUCUACCAGACAUUGUCUUUUACCUAAGUUAUAUAUAACUUAUUAUCUUUUCAGUCAUCAGUGAAAUAGAAUACUCCUGAGAAAACUCUACAGCUAAUGAAAGACAUUGCAAGUGCUUACAUCCAAUCAGUUUUUUUUCUUUCUAUCAGUUUCACUAACUUAAUAAAAUUUUGUGCUAAAUUUUGCCCAAACAAUAGAUGCUUGUGUGGUGAAUGAAUUCCCUUGGAGAAGUGAAUUCAACUAAACAAUAAUAAUAAUAAUAGUCAGAGAUGUUUAUCCAGGAUAACCCUUAAAUACAAAAGUAAGUUGUUCUCAAUGGGGUCCUGCUUACUAAGAAUUAAUAAUUAAGAAAUGAGAAAUCAUUAAAAUAUGUACAAGAUAGUGCCUCCAAAUCAAAAGACACUUAGAUAAAAACUGCUGAAACUACAAUAGAAAUCACGAGUAAUAAUCAUCCAGGGCUUUCCUUUACCUUUUAACUCCCAGAUCAAAUUUUUAAUUCUAUCCAUCAACCAUACAAUUCUUAUCAUGUUAGUUCAGAGAAUUUAGUAUUGAAUCAACUAAUUAUCCCCAAAUUGAUAUUUUUCUUAAUUCUCAUCACUUUUGUGGUUGGUAAUGCAUUGAUAUUGUAAGGAGAAAUUCUCUCUUGGUCACUCUAUUGUUAAAGGGUUAACAAAACUAGAAUAAAUGUUCCUCAAACUUGAAGGUAAUGAAUUACAAAUCAAGGAACCCAAAAAUUAAAAACUUGCAAAAUCCAGUUUGACUCUUGGUAGCAUGUUUUCCCAUUGUUUCUAGUGUAAGUAAAGUAAUCCACAAUUAAUCAUAGUCCACUAUGUAAACUUUACCUUUGCUAGCAUUUUAUGGAGAAGAGUGCUAGCUGUUUUGGAGGCAUAUAUCCUUGAAUGAAUAUGAAUUGCAAGUAGACAAGGCAGUUAUGGAACCAAACCCUUACUGUGAUGCUCGGCAAAGGAAUGAUCUUGAUUCCUCUCUAGGAAGUGUAAUAGUAAUGUAAUAGCUUCACACUGUCUCAGGUGGUGGUUCGUCAUUCUAAACAUUGCUUUCUGUAUUGCAAAUGCAAGCAUUGUACUCAUUUUGAAGGUUGGAGCAGGUUGCACACAUUUUUGUAGUUUUUGCUGUUAAGUUGCAACAAUUGUGAUUGUGGGAAGGAAAUGAUCACAGUGAAAGUCAUGGUUUAUCAAUUUUGGACUAGCACUUUCAGAUAUUUUGAAUUCCAAGCAUAACUGUUCUCCACUCGCAUGUGAUGUCACUUAUAUGAAUAAUAAUAAAAUAGAAGGAACUGUUUAGAUUAUGUAUUUAAG